AUGGCGGACGCCAUAGUAAAGGAUUCAACGCAUACAGAUACAAAAACAUUCUCAACAGUAUUAGACACAUACAAUCGAGAGUACAACACCAACAUUCAGGAACUUAAACCUCUUCAAGUAAAGGCGUUGUCAAUUAUCUUAUCUGGAAAGGAUUGUGUAUGCUCCCUUCCCACUGGAUAUGGGAAGUCUUUAAUUUUUAAACUUCUCCCAUUUAUUGACUUAAACUGCUUGGUUAUUGUAAUUGAGCCUCUAAAUGAUAUAAGAGAACAAGAAACACAAAAGCUAGGAGAAACAGCGAUUUGUCUAUCUGGAAAAGGUGACCUAGGCUUUAAUAAUGUAAAAAAUGGCAAAGUAAAAUAUAUCUUUUGCCAUCCUGAGGAUAUUCUGGAUAACAAGAGAAUUGUAGAAUUAUUUAAAUCUGAAUGUGUGAAAUCCCGAAAUAUUUUCCUGGUAGCCGACGAGGCCAAUUGCAUUUUAGACUGGGGUGAUCACUUAACACCCGAUUAUAAAAGACUUUCUAAUUUAAGAUCUUUGUUUGAGUGCCAAAUUUUAGCACUGUCAGCAACCGUUACAAGUGUGGGACAAAGAGACAUAAUUAAGAAUUUACUUAUGAAAUAUUGUCUAAAACAAAUGAUCUUUGCUAGUCUGCAAAAGCCAUCCCAGGACUGUAGCAUUAGACUUAUAUUUGCAUCAGUGGCACUUGGCAUGGGUGCAGACCUAAAAAAUGUGAAGCGUGUAAUACAUGGUGCCUAUGUUCAGGAAAUUGGAUGGGCUGGAAGAGUUGGUUCACAUGCCAAAGCUAUACUGUAUUACAACAAUAAUGACAUAGCUAUUAAGCACAUGCAAGCCAGCAUGAAGGAUUAUU